AUGGCCCAAGUCGAUGGCACGUGCGACCCGGCGUUCUCAUGCGUGCGUGAUAUUUUGCAGCAGAACAUCUCCUCUGACAAGGAGCUUGGCGCCUCCAUCUGCGUUAGUGUUAAGGGAAAGACCGUCGUGGAUAUAUGGGGCGGCUACGCAGACACAGCACGCUCCAAGCCAUGGAAGGAGAAUACGAUUGUAUCGGUCUGGUCCGUGACCAAGACGGUCAUGAAUCUGGCGAUGCUGCUUCUGAUCGAUCGCGGCAUGGUGGAUCCGGAUGCUCCGGUUAUUCAAUACUGGCCGGAGUUCGGUGUCAACGGCAAAGAGGGCGUAUUGGUUCGACACUUCAUGAGUCACACUGCUGGCCUGCCAUCCUUCGAUCCCCCAAUUGACGAGGCCACCCUGCUCAACGUGCCUCUGGCGACUGACAACCUAGUUCAACAGAAACCCUGGUGGACACCGGGCACGGCACACGGGUACCACCUUAGCUCCCAGGGGCAUCUCAUUGGGGAGUUAGUCCAUCGCGUAACGGGGCAAACGCUGGGCGAGUUUAUUCACGAUGAGCUUGCUGUUCCCCGUAAUGCCGACUUCCACCUCCCCGUGGCGGAAGAAGAAUGGGAUCGUAUCGCAGAAAUGGUUCCUGCAACGAUGACGAUGGACCUCUCCGUGCUAGAUCCGAACAGCAUCAUGUAUCGCGCUAUGGCUGGUCAUCCUGCCAAUCAAAACGCUGCCAAAGAGCCUGCCUUCCGUCGCAGCGGUAUUGGGUCCAUGGCUGGCUUUACCAAUGCACGUGGGGCCCACGACAUUUUAUCCAUCAUCACGCAGAAUGGCACUGUGGACGGGAAACGCUUCUUGAGCCCUGAGACGAUCGAAAAGAUCUUCGAGGUGCAGGCCAGUGGCCCGGACCAGGUCAUCGGGUUAAAUAUCGAAUGGGGACUUGGUUUCGGCAUCGGCGCGCAAGGUACCGUGGACUGGCUGCCAUCUGGAAAACUGGCCUUCUGGGGGGGAUGGGGAGGGUCGUUUGCGAUCAUGGAUCUCGAUCGUCAAAUGACUUUCACGUAUGCGAUGAAUAAGAUGGGCGUGAGUAUUGUUGGAAAUGAGCGAACGGGGGAUUAUGUACAGGCUGCUUAUGCGGCGCUGGAAGGGUAUAAUGCGUGA